CGUGAAAAAAUCAAUAACAGGCAUUUAGUGUUACUUCUUAACCAAGUCUCUCUGACAUACAACGUUACGUUACACCAAUUUUAAAGUUAUUUCAACUUCGUAAGAGUAUAGCCAUAAGAUUUGGUGUUAAAAUAGCAUUUUAAUCGAUCGAGUAAAUUGAUGGAAAUUGAAUUGCCACUGCAGUGAAGGUGGCCGCAGGUAUUCACUGACUGCUGUCUAAAAAGUCCAGCAGAUGGCGCAGUAGUACUCGUGAUGUUGUUACACACUGUAGGGGCGUAUAAGUGCUUGAGUGAAAUUUUUCGUGUUUUGUGGUAAAUCAAGUGCUAAAUACAAACUAGAAACGGUACAGAAGGUGUAAUGUAAAGAAGACAGCUAACAACAUUGUAUAUACUAGUGCCUUAAUACAGCUAAACGUGUGCCUUUAAAGAAAUAUUUAUUAGAAGAAUAUAUCUAAAGAAACGAACGAAGCGAACAACGACACGAUAUCGAACGAGGACUCAUCAUUGGAAGCACCGUCGCUCUCGUGACGGAUCCGCGACCGAGUCGAGAGGGCGCUGCAGGAUAACUGGAGACGACUGACCACAACCCGACCUGGUUCAUCUCCAAGUCGUCCUCGCCUGAGAUCGUUCAGUAAAGAGCAUCGGCCACAGAGGCGAGGCAGCGCGCCUUGCUCAGACCUCGACUACAGACCCGAUCAUACUGCUACAAUACACAAGACUCGGUCUCUGGUGAAGAUGGCGACCCUAUCGUUGAAGAUCUCCAUUGACGGAGGCAAGGUCGUGAAGACAAUACAGUUCGAACCCUCCACCACAGUGUACGACGCGUGCCGCAUCAUCAGGGAAAAGAUCUUGGAGGCCACAGCGGGAGACCCAAAAGAGUAUGGCCUCUUCUUGGCUUCGGAGGAAGACAACAAGAAGGGGAUAUGGCUGGAAGCGUCCCGAAGUCUCGACUAUUACAUGCUAAGGAACGGAGAUCUUCUGGAGUACAACAAGAAGACCAGGAAUCUCAGAGUCAGGAUGCUUGAUGGUACUGUGAAAACCCUGCUGGUGGACGACAGUCAGAUCGUCGCGAACCUCAUGGUAGUGAUUUGCACCAAGAUCGGGAUCACCAACUAUGACGAAUACGGCCUGGUUCGUGAAGAGCAAAAGGAGGAACCGGAUCCCUGCGAGAAGCCAAACUACGGGACUCUGACCCUGAAGCGUAAGCACCAGGAGAAGGAACGAGACGCCAAGAUGGAGCAGCUCAGGAAGAAACUCAGAACUGAUGACGAAGUGAACUGGGUGGAGGGGUCGCUGACCCUUCGUGAGCAGGGCGUGGAGGCAGGCGAGACCUUACUGCUGCGCCGCAAGCUGUUCUACUCUGACAGGAACGUGGACUCGCGCGACCCCGUGCAGCUCACCCUGCUGUACGUGCAGGCCAGGGACGCCAUCCUGGCCGGCGCGCACCCCACCACGCAGGAGAAAGCUUGCGAGUUCGCCGGGAUACAGUGCCAGAUACAGUUCGGGGACCACCGGGAGGACAAGCACACGCCAGGAUUCCUCGAUUUAAAAGAGUUCCUGCCGGCCUCGUACGUGAAGGUGAAAGGCAUCGAGAAGAAGGUGUUCAGGGAGCACAAGAAGCACGUCGGGCUCAGCGAGCUGGACGCCAAGGUGCUCUACACCAAGACGGCGCGGGACCUCAAGACCUACGGAGUCGCAUUCUUCCUCGUCAAGGAAAAAAUGAAAGGCAAAAACAAACUGGUACCGCGUCUUCUGGGAGUCACGAAGGACUCCGUGCUCAGAUUGGACGAGAAGACGAAGGAGAUCCUGCAGACGUGGCCGCUCACCACCGUGAGGAGGUGGUGCGCCAGCCCCAACACUUUCACCCUGGACUUUGGCGAUUACAGCGACCAGUACUACUCGGUGCAGACCACGGAGGCGGAGCAGAUCCUGCAGGUCAUCGCCGGCUACAUCGACAUUAUCGUGCGGAAGCAGCGGGCCAAGGAGCACCUCGGCAUCGAGGGGGACGAGGGCUCCGCCAUGCUCGAGGACUCCGUGUCGCCCUCCAAAGCGAACAUCAUCCAGCACGACACGUUCAAGUCCGGUAAAGUGAACACCGAGUCGGUCGCCAAGCCGGCGGUGCACCGGCCCGGAGCUGAAGGUGCGAAGCCGUUCGCCGUGGGGCACGUGACGGGCGCGCAGCUGACCACGGUCUCCGGGCAGGUGGUGACGGGGCACGCGCCGCCCGCCGCGUCGCAGGUACAGCAGACCAAGGUGACCUCGAUACUCACGGAGCCUCAGCGGGCCCUGCUGACCACCAUCACCAGCGGCAGGGAGAUCAUCAAGCAGACCGAAGAAGGACUCAGCAGGACAACCCUGCCCGAACUGGGAGGUGACGCAUCAUCAGUGAAAUGGAAGCAGUCGACCCUGGACACCAACAAGCAGGCCGUCAGCUCGCAGAUCGCGGCCAUGAACGCGGCCACGGCGCAGGUCGUCACCCUCACCGCCGGUCCAACGGAAGAGGUAGAUCACACAGCAGUGGGUGCCGCCAUCACGACCAUCACCAGCAACCUGCCGGAGGUGACGCGCGGGGUCAGGAUGAUCGCAGCCCUCAUGGACGACUCCGACAACGGAGACAGACUGUUGGACGCCACCAGGAAACUUUGCACCGCGUUCACCGACCUGCUGAAGGCGGCCGAGCCGGAGACGAAGGAGCCGCGCCAGAACCUGUUGAACGCAGCCUCCAGGGUCGGGGAGGCGUCCACGUCCGUGCUGUACACCAUCGGGGAGGAGACCGAGGAGGACAAGCAGACGCAGGACAUCCUUCUGUCUCUCGCCAAAGCCGUGGCCAACACGACGGCAGCUUUAGUGUUGAAAGCGAAGAACGUGGCGGCCCAGUGCCGGGACGACCAGCAGCUGCAGAACAACAUCAUAGCCGCAGCCACGCACUGCGCCCUGGCCACCAGCCAGCUCGUGGCCUGCGCCAAGGUGGUGGCGCCCACCCUGCACAGCGCGGCGUGUCGCGAGCAGCUGACGAGCGCGGCGCGGCAGGUGGCGCAGGCCGUGGACCGCCUGGUGGAGGCCUGCGCGCCCGCACCGGCCGCGGCGGCGCCCGCGCGCGACCAGCUCGCCGCCGCCGCGCACUGCGUCUCCGAGGAGCUGGAGAGGCUGCUGGCCCACUGUCAACUUGAGCGCGGGGGCGCGGCGGCGGCGGCGGGGCGCGCGGUGGAGGCGGUGCUGGGCGCGCACGAGCGGCUGCUGGCGGCCGCCGGGCCCGCAGACAUGCUGCGCCACGCCAGGCAGCUGGGGCACGCCACGGCGCUGCUCAUCACCAACAUCAAGACCGAGGCCGAGGAGUCACCGUCGGACUCCCAGCGCAAGCUCCUAGCCGCGGCCAAGCUGCUGGCCGACGCCACGGCUCGCAUGGUGGAGGCGGCCCGCCAGUGCGCCUCCUCGCCACAGGAUCGGGAGAAGCAAGAGGUGCUCCGCAAAGCGGCGGAGGAGCUGCGCUUCAUCACCGCCGACUACGCGCAGGGACAGGACAUCGUCGGCUCACAAGUGGCCAGGCUGCAGGAAAGCGCCCGGCAGGCGACCUCCAGCGCCACGCAGCUGAUAACGUCGGCCCAGAACGCGACGCAGUACAACACCAACAGAUACUCUCAGGAGACCCUGCUAGAAGAGUGCAAAGUGUUGAACGAGCACCUCCCCCGCAUGGUGGAAGCUGUCAACGUGUCCAACGUGAAGCCGACGCAGGCAGCGGCCAGGCUCGACCUCAUCUCUGCAUCAGAGGCCUUCUUACAGCCAAGUGGCCACGUGAUCUCAGCAGCCCGAGGCGCCCUGCCGACCGUAAGCGAGCCCUCCGCAGCCAAGCACCUGGCCGACAACACGCAGCUCUACACUUCAAGCUGCGCCGACCUCAGGUCCGCAGUGAGCAGGGCCAGGAUAUCCUGCAAGGGCUUGGAGCUGGACGCAGCGGCGGAGAUCAUCAAAUCCCUGCAAGAGGAGCUUGAUGAGCUCGAGGAGGCGGUCAGGGCUUUCGACCUGAAACCCUUACCCGGGCAGACGGCGGAGUGGGCCGCGGCCACCAUGAACUCUGCGUCCCGCGCCGCCGCCAGCUCCACCGCGCGCCUCGUGUCCGGCGCCAGCGGCUCCCACGCCGCGCCCGACCUCGCGCACGCGCUGCGGGACUUCACGCACGGGCUGCGGGCCGCCGCCGCCGCCGCGCCGCCUCCCCGCGCGCACAGAGUGAUAUUAUCAGGGCGGCAGGUCCUGUACUCGUCCCUGACCCUCGUGGAGACGGUCAAGAAGCAGAUUAGCAGCUCGGAGCAGGUGGACAGCGCCGCACUCGCCUCCAUAGCCAAGGACAUCACGCACGGUCUAGAGCAGACGAUGGAAGCGGUUCCGUCUCACACGGAGCUGGACCUCGCCAUGGAAAACAUCAACGAGACCCUCAACAUUCUGAACAUGGGCGAGUUCCCGCCCACGGACAGCUCCUACGGGGAACUCCAAGUCCAGCUGAACACGGCGGCAGCAGGCCUCAGCCAGGCCUCGUCGGCCGUGGUGCAGAGCGUGGACGACCCGCGGACCCUGGCGGACUCCAGCCACAGCUUCGGGCAGGCCUUCAACAAUCUGCUCGGAGUCGGCAUGGAGAUGGCUGGACAAACUGAGGACCGCGAGACUCAGUCGUUGAUGGUGAACUCCAUGAAGUCGGUGACCGUCAACUCCUCCAAGCUCCUCGGGACAGCGAAGUCCGUCAGCCAGGACUUAUCCCGCCCGAACGCCAAGAACCAGCUGACGGCCGCCGCCCGCGCCGUCACCGACAGCAUCAACAAGCUGGUGGACGCGUGCACGCAGGCGGCGCCGGGGCACAAGGCGUGCGGCGCGGCGCGGCGCAGCGUGCAGGCCGCGCGCCCGCUGCUGGACGCGCCCGCGCAGCCGCUCUCCGACCUCUCCUACUUCGCGUGUCUGGACGCCGUGCUCGACCACAGCAAGCAGCUCAGCGAGGGCAUGUCGUCGAUGGCCAGUGCCGUGAAGCGUGCAGACCAGGAUCAGUUCCCGCGCUCCGUGGGCUCCGUGGCCAGUGCUGUCCAUGGACUCGUCGAGGCAGCCGCGCAAGCCGCCUAUCUUGUGGCCGUGUCUGAAGAAUCCAGUGUGGCGGGCCGCGCGGGGCUGGUGGACCAGGCCCAGUUCGGGCGCGCCGCCCUCGCCAUCCAGCAGGCCUGCAACCUGCUGGCCGACCCCGCCUCCAACCAGCAACAGGUCCUGUCGGCGGCGACGGUGAUAGCCAAGCACACCAGCGCCCUCUGUAACGCGUGCCGAGUGGCUUCAGGCAAGACCACAGAGCCUCAAGCCAAGAGGCACUUCGUCCAGGCCGCCAAAGACGUCGCCAACUCCACCGCGGCCCUCGUCAAGGAGAUCAAGGCGCUGGACACGGACUACAGCGAGGCCAACCGGGCUCGGUGUGCCAGCGCCACUGGGCCGCUGCUGGAGGCGGUGCAGUCGCUGUGUCAGUUCGCGGACAGCCCGGAGUUCGCUUCGAUCCCGGCCAGGAUAUCCGAGCAGGGACGCAGGAGCCAGGAAGACAUAUUGGAGUGCGGCAGGAACAUCAUAUCGGAGUCGUGUUCGAUGCUGGAGGCGGCGGGGCAGCUGGUGCUGUCGCCGGAGGACCGGCCGCAGUGGCACGCGCUGGCCGCCCACAGCAAGACGCUCUCCGACACCAUCAAGGCGCUGGUCGCCAACAUACGGGAGAAAGCCCCCGGGCAGCGCGAGUGCGCGGCGGCCCUGGACACCCUCAACAAGCAGCUCAGGGAACUGGACCACGCCGCUAUCCAGGCCGUCGCCCAGGAGUUGGAGCCCCGGAAGGCCAACACGCUGCAAGGUUACGCGGAGCAGAUCGAGAACUGCUGCACGGAGAUGCUGGAGCGUCUGGAGCCGCUGCGCGUCGCCGCCCGGGCCGAGGCCGAGAACCUGGGCCACUGCGUCAGGCAAUACGUGUCGUACUCGGAGCCGCUGGUGUCGGGCGCGGUGGGCGCGGCGUCCGGCGUGUCGGAGACAACGGAGCAGGCGGCGCUGCUGCAGCACGCGCGCACCGUGCUGGAGACCGCCGUGCUGCUGCUGCAGGCCGCCAGGGACGCCGCCGGGAACCCCAGGGCGGCGGCGGCGCACGGUGCGGUGGACGCGCAGGUGGUGCAGGCGCGCGAGUCGCUGCAGGAGCUGGCGGAGCGGGUGAGGCGGCUCAGCGCGCAGCACGGCGCCGUGGGCCCGCUGCUCGACACGCUGGCCCGCGCGCUCACCAGGCUCACGGAGCGCAGAAUGUCUCUGCUCAGCUCUUACGAUGAAUCAGAUUCGUUUGUCGACUACCAGACAAGGAUGGUUGGAGUCGCGAAGGAGAUAGCGAGACUGGCCACCGACAUGACGGCCAAGGCGGCGACGGAGCCCGGGCGGCUGGUGGAGCUCGGCAACGAGAUGUGCGGCAAGUACGAGCAGCUCGCGCAGGACAGCGUCGGCGCCUCCGCCACCACGCCCAGCGGGGACGUCGCCAACAGGAUCCGAUCAGCGGUGGUGGAGCUGGGCGAGAGCAUAUCGGAGCUGAUCAAGGCGGGGGGACACUGCCGCCUGUCCGCCAUCGCGCAGAACCAGCGCGCCGUCGCCGACAGCGCCAAGCUCGUCAACGAAAGGGUGGUGUCGGUGCUGAGCGGGCUGCAGGCGGGCUCCCGCGGCACGCAGGCCUGCAUCCACGCCGCCGCCACCAUCAGCGCCAUCAUCGGAGACCUGGACACCACCAUACUGUUCGCCAGCGCCGGAACUCUUCAGUCGGACAAGGAGUCGGACACAUUCUCUGACCACCGCGAGAACAUCUUGAAGACGGCCAAGGCGCUGGUGGAGGACACCAAGACCCUCGUGGGCGGAGCGGCCGGCACCCAGGAGCAGCUGGCCGACGCCGCGCAGAACGCCGUCACCACUAUAGUGCAACUGUGCGAGGUGGUGAAGCUGGGCGCCAUGUCGCUGGGCUCGGGCAGCCCGGAGCCGCAGGUGCUGGUGCUGCACGCCGCGCGGGACGUGGCCGCCGCGCUGCGGGACCUGGCCGCCGCCACCACCGCCGCCAGCGGCAAGCCCGGCCUCGGCGCCGACAUGCAGCGCCUCAAGCACGCCGCCAAGCGGCCGCCAGCCCCGCGGCGGCGCUGCAGCGCGCCCGGCAAUAGCAACACGUUCCCGGGACAAAAGCGCAGAUCACUUAACGGGAGAAACGACUACAACUCUUGCGAUUCCGAAACCGAUUUGUUCCAAUCCGACCAGGAGGAGGAACUGGUCAAGCUCCUGGACUACUCCAGCCAGGACGACGACGUGUCCCCGACCAUAUUCCACGACGACUGCGAGGAGAUCGUCGCCUACAUAGAGAGCCGCAUGCGCCGCCCCACCAGGACCACAGAGGACGAGGGCCUCAACGAGCGGUACAACGCGGCCGCCAGGUACAGCAUCGUCGACAUGGACUGGCGCGUGCUCAAGUACGGGGAGAACAUCCUGCUGGGGGAGGUCAAGAAGCUGCUCGACCUCUGUCUCCAGCUCAGCGAUCGAAAUGACAGCAGACGCAAGGAUGAGAGCCUGCAGCGCCUGCGGGCCAGCACCCAGCUGGACACGGAGAUGCACACGCUCUCGAGGGUCAUUGAGCACCUCGACUCGGAAGCGGAGGCCAGUGCAGCCCUGGCGGCGACGGUGCCAGCGAAAAAACCCAAACUGACCGACGAACCUAAAUUAAAAAGUCCGGUUUUCAAAAUCAAAAAAGUCAAACCCAUAAACAUAUGCUCCAUCAAGAACAGUCCCGAACGGGAGAUGAUACUGACUCCUCAAGAACCAAGAGGAUCUACCGAGAUCUUCAUCACUCCUGAAGUCAAAUCGGCUCCGACAGCUGAUCCGAUUAAAGCUAAAGUUGAGUUCUGGAAGCUGUUCAAAGACGACACGGAAUGGUGGAAAGCUCUAGCCAAGAGAAACUUGGAAAAGAUGGAAGAGUCCCGACGCGAGCUGCAAAGGUUCAGCGGACACGAGCUCGUUCUAGAGGAGAUAAAGAUGGAAAGAGACAAAUACGAGAAAGAGAAGACACGCCUGCAGACCUUCAUCGAUGAAGUGGACAGCUCGAUACAGAAGAAACGGGAUCUAGAGUACGACCAAAAAUACGAAGAGAUGGUCUUAAAAUUAAUCAAAUUUGCGAAAAAGGACUUUAUCUACAAGGGCUUUGAUCCUUUAAUCGAGCGACUGAAAGCUUUGGCGAACGUCCAUGUCGAGGGACGCAAACGGAAGGUCGUCAAUAUAGAAGACAUCCUGAACGUAUACACGCAGAUCGACAUCACAAAAUACACAUACGAGGAAUUGUGUCUCUUAGAGAAGUAUUAUAAGGAAAUCAUAAGGAAAUACACGCAAGAGUACCACGGUAGAGACACUCUAGAAGCAGACGGCGCCCGCAUCUACCACAAGAACGUGGUUCUCAACGUGAACACAACGAACAACUUGACCAAAAGCGUCAAGACCAGCGGCGACACUCUGAAGCGGAGUCACAGAAACAUGGAGAUAUUCGACCUGACCAGGACGUACCCUCAAGAGUAUUACGCGAACAACUGGUGGUCUAUCUAUGAAGAUAUCCUCAAAAACAGGGAAAACCAAUUCGGGACUAUCGAUAACUGGUGGAGUUUCUACGAAGCCAUACUGAAUAAGGAGAGCACGUCGCAAGAAGACCUGAACAGGCUCCGAGCUGUGGUCCAGUACAGGAAUAGUCUGAGGAAGAGACCUCACAGCAGGGCGGAGGAGCAGUUGAGGAUGCUGGACGAAAUACAUAACAAUCGGUUUCGGGAGGUCGAAGACGUGCAAGAGAAAAAGGACGAAUCGGUGAUGGUGACUAAUGUGACGUCACUGCUGAAGACCGUCAAGGCUGUUGAAGACGAACACACAAGGGGCACGAGGGCACUGGAGUCCACCAUCGAAGCCAUAUCUCAGGAGAUUGAGGUCCUAAUGUCACCGUCUCCGCCGAAGUCAACCGCAACUCCGGAAGAGCUGAUCCGCUGCACGAGACAGAUGACCGUGGCCACGGCCAAAGCUGUGGCCGCUGGGAACGCCAACAAGCAGGACCAGCUCACCGCCGCUGCCAACCUCGGCAGGAAGACCGUCGUGGACCUGUUGAUCAGUUGCAAGGCGGCGGCGCAGGCGGCGGAGAGCGCGGAGGUGCGCGAGCGCGGCGUGCGGGCCGGGCUGGCGGCGGCGCAGGCCUACCGCGCGCUGCUGCAGGCCGUGCUGCAGGCCGCCACCGGGGACUCCGCCGCGCGCCAGCAGUUCCCGGAGCUGUCCCGCCGCGUGGCGCACACCGUCGCCGACAUCAUCGCCACCGCAGAGCUGCUCAAAGGUUCGGACUGGGUGGACCCCGACGACCCCACGGUGAUAGCCGAGAACGAGCUGCUGGGGGCCGCCGCCUCCAUAGACGCGGCCGCCAAGAAGCUGGACUCGCUCCGGCCCAGGAAACCAGUGAAGCAGGAAGCCGAUGAAACUCUGAACUUCGACGAAAUGAUCUUGGAAGCUGCCAAGUCCAUCAUAGCUGCGACGUCGGCCCUAGUCAGGGCUGCCUCCGCGGCGCAGCGGGAGCUCAUCGACCAGGGUGCCGUGGCGCGCCGGCCCGCCAUGUCGUCGGACGACGGGUCGUGGUCGGGCGGGCUGGUGAGCGCGGCGCGGCUGGUGGCGGCGGCCACGCACUCGCUGGUGGAGGCGGCCAACGCGCUGGUGCAGGGCGCCGCCACCGAGGAGCGCCUCAUCUCCAGCGCCAGGCAGGUCGCCUCCUCCACCGCGCACCUCCUCGUCGCCUGCAAGGUGAAGGCGGACCCCGGGGCGGAGAGCACGCGGCGGCUGCAGGCGGCGGGCGCGGAGGUGAUCCGCUCCACGGACAACCUGGUGCGCGCCGCCCGGGACGCCAUCCACUGCGACGACGAGCGCAGCCUCGUGCUCAACCGCCGCAUGGUGGGCGGCAUCGCGCAGGAGAUCGACGCCAGGUCGGAAGUGCUCCGCAUCGAGAAGGAACUGGAGGAGGCCCGCGGCAGGCUGACGGCCAUCAGGCAGGCCAAGUACAAGCUGAGGAGCGACGCUGACGACUCUGACGCUGACCCGCAGCCCGGCUACGGCAGCGACUCCUCGGGACCCCAGCGGGUGCGGACCCCGAACAGCAGCUUCGCGAACACCACGUACAGCCCCAACAGCUCGCAGCAGACCACGCUGCACCAGAGCUCGCUGCUGCAGACCACGCACAGCUCCGGACUCAACUCCACCUCCUACGGACAGCAGAACAGCAGCAGCCCCGCCCCCCCGCAGCCCACCAGCCCGACGUUCUCCAGCUUCCGUCCGGCGCCGGACGCGCCCAAGCAGAACUACGAAGCCUUCACGACACGAACUUCGACUAAUGACAGAACGAUGAAUAACGCGAGCGCCUCCGACGAGACGGUGGUCGUGAAAAGCCUUCGUCUGCCGGAAGUGCGUAGCGCGUUGCUUGUCGGUGCUGACCCCGGGCCACACACGGUCCGUUACAAGCGGGAGACGCCCCCGCCGCCGCCCCCCAGGAGGAUAACGCUAAACUACGAAACUCGAAUGUACGACACGCCGCGACCGGUAGCCGAGCACUCCACCACCGAGCGACAGGAGACCAGCCAGUACAGAUACAAGCAGGAGAAGUUGGACUACGAAGCGCCCAGGACACCCCUGAGCCCUAAGUUCAACGCCAGAGAGCUUAAAUUCGAUGAGCACCCCGAGCCGAUAUACUCCACCCUGAAGAAACCCUCCGACGGUUUGGGACAGACGUUCUCGGAGCACCAGAGGUCCACGGAGUCCAUCCCCGGAGGCACCAAACAUUCAGAAUACUCAAUCAAAAGUGAAUCUUACCAGUCGUUCCCGAAGACGGAGUUUUCCAAAACGGAAUUCAAGCAGGAAGUGAAAUCUCCAUUCACAUCCACUCCGAAGUUUGAUCGCACAAGCUACGUGACCACCUCCAGUGACCUGGUGAAGGCCGCCACGCCGGACUACGAGCGCAUGGCCUCGCCCUACGCCAAGGAGGGCGACAGCUACGGAGGUCCCAAUUACAUGGAGGAAACCACCACGGAGGUCAAAGAAAUACCCAACGGCACCCAGAAGAUCACUACAACGAAGAUAUACAGCUCGUCGCCAGUCAACCUGACCUCCACCAGCACCAAGUACGAGCCGAUCAAACUGGACGGGAUCGACGAAAUCUCGAAGACCUUCGACAGCGAUUCCCGGUACAGCACCCUGGACUCGAGGUUUAACACGCUAGAGUCCAAGCUCAGUUCGGACACGAGCCGCUCCUUCAUGAGGCCGUCGGAGUUCCAGUCGUCAGACUACCAGACCACCAGCAACGUGACGAAGAUCAAGAAGCCGGAUCUGUCGAAGGAGAUCGACAGCCUGGACAAGAGGAUCUCAAAGCAAACGAUCACCUCGGAGACUAUCGAAAGGAAGUCCGUAAUGACCAGCUCUCACAAAUCGGAGACCAGCUCCACCGUCACCAAGAAAUUCGGCAACUUCUAGAAGGUAAAUGACGCAAAUUGUCGUGGCGUGCUUCGUGCGUUGACAGCUGUCACCCGUGACACCUGUCAAGGACUGUGCUUGUUGUCAAUGAUCCGUGCUUAGUCGUUAAGAAUCGAGUGUAGAUCUUAUUUUUAAGGUUUUCAUUGUGUUCUACUGAACUUAGUAGAAACAUUAGGUUUUUUUUUUCUACUAAAUUGGUAGAAAAUCGUAAGGUGCUAAACGUUAAUCGUGAACUAGGUGUCUAAACUAAUGCCUUAACUGUAAUUUAUUGAAUGUUUUUGAUGUCAUUUUUAUUAUAAAAAAAAAACUUAUCUUUAUUUCUUAAAAACUAUGAGUAAUGUGUCAUAAUGAUUCAACCAACUUGUAAGAAAUAACGCACGAAUUGUUCAUAUUUUGUACACUUUUUAAUUAAUAUAUAAAAGUUCUUAUAUAAAAGUUUCAUUCCUAAAAGCAGCUUCAAAGCUGAGGCCUUAAGACAACAAUACUGUGUCGAGCUUUGUUGACUCAUAGUUUUUAUUGAAUAAUAUAAUAACUUAUGAAAAUACGAACAGAUCUAAGGUUUUAUCUAAAGUCGAUUUUGGGUAAACAAAUAAUUGGCCCGUUUCAAGCGUGCGCUAGCGCUGAUGUCCCCGGACAGCACGGCCCAGUGUCUCCCGGACGACGGUUGGUAACAGUGCGGCUCAAUAGGGCUCUAUAAAUGGGAACUUAUGAAAUUCAAAAGGCAUUGUUACAGAUCGCCAUACAAAAAUAAAUUGAGCCAUAGUCUUAAAUCUGUUUCGUACAUUAAGCUAUUCACAAAGUGGCCCCGGGCGCCCCGGACUGCGCCCCCGCCGCGCUCCUCACUCAUUGAUAAUGGCGAGCUAUUUUUGUGUUUUUUUAAUGUACAAUUUUUUUUGUUAUUUUAAAAUUUAUAUUAUUAAUUAAGAAAAUGUUUUAAUAUUUUGACAACAGAUGGCAGUUUUAUAAAUUUUUAUUAUAUUAUCUUAUUUGCUUAGUGAUGUUUAGUGUAGUAGUGGAGUGUGGUCCGCGGGCGCCGACAUCCGCAGAGCUUAUUGUUAACGUUCCAAGGAAAUAUUGUGUGUGCCAUGUUGACUAUUCAAAUUUAUUGACUAAUAUAUAUCUAUUUUUAUAAAAAGCUGUUGUUGUUGUCUGUGGUUUUGCGAGUUGUUGUUUUAGUGAGGUUUUUGGUUGACCUCACCAGGACACGGCAGGACUAGGUCGAUGUAGAGCUUGUCGGACUGGAGGGGCGGAGGCCCACACUGCUCUAGGGUCCCUCACAUGUUAACACCCCACUGAGUUAUGUGUUGAAUAACAAGUCAAAUAUUUACAUGUGGUGUAUGUGUCGGUGCAAUUAAUUAAGCAGUGUAUACACAGACUAACUUUGAGUGCAACUAAUAUAUUGAUGUUUUAAAGUUACUACUAAAAUAAAGGAUUAAAAAUUAUAUAUAUGUUUCUUUAUAUUUGUAUUUAUGGGUGUUGUGUUGUUGUCCAGACGACGACUGAGAGAUCGCUUAGUGUCGCGCGUCCGUGGCCGCAUUGGCACAGUCGCACCCGCGUCCUGCUUAAAUGUUACAAGAAAACAAUUCCCACCGAUUUUCUUCAAAAAUAAAAGCUAUUUUUUUUAAAUUUCAUUUCUGAAAUUUAGUAAAAAAAAAAAUUUUUUUUAAUGUUACCCCCAGCGACAUGACGCGAGGUGCCGACGUGACCCCACUGAUAUUAGUUCAAAUCAUUCUUGUAUCUCAGCAUUGAUUCGAGAGUCUUAUGAUGAAAUGUGCCUUACGUGCAGCUCAUGUGGCGCCGGACGCGCGGCCGACUGUAUAUGAAAACUUAUUGCGACUGUGGUAGCUCUAUCUCCGUAUAAAUAUAUAUAAAGAAGUUAUUUUGUACCGCCUUUUAUGCGCGUUUUGCCGAUGCGCUAAAUGGCAGCUGUUAGCGCGGGGUUAAGGAUAAGAAGACUUUGUUUCCGACUCGACUGGCAAUUUACUUUAAAUAAUGUAUUCUUUAUUAAUUACAGUUCAAUCAGAACCUAUAUUGACCCGGACUAAUUUAUUUGAAAUAAGUUGCAAAACAUUCGUCUCGUUCGCACACAUAGCACGACAACGCUCGUGUGAGCGAGACGAAUAUACUUUAUAUCGAUUCAGAGAUGUUCUAUGAAUUCUUAUAUGAAUAAAAAAUUCUGUAAAUAAUUUGUUUUUAGCAUUUUACGGUAGAUGGCGGUGUUCUCUGAUCCUCACAGUGCUUCAAUGGUCACUGCUGUCCACGACGCGACGAACACUAAAAACAAUAUCUGCUCAUCUCCUAACAAAAAAUAUUGUAAUCGAAUUGUUUAAAAUAUAAAAAAUAAUCGUUCCCAAAGCAUUUACUCGUGUUGCCUCAAAACAAAUUAUGAACAGUUAAUUUUUGUUACAAUUAUUAUUAAUAUAACAAUUUUUAUAUCAUUAUAUUAUAUAGUAAUUUAAAUAAUCUCAUUUAUUAAUGAUAAUACCAAAUAAUAAUAGAAAUGUAAUCAAAUACGAUUUCGUCAAUUGUUGUAUUUUAUUGAGAUUUUAACGUAUGAUAAUUAAUAUAUAAGGUAGCUGCGGCAAGAGCGGCCGGUACAUGUGUAAUAAAUGUCUUACUAAUGA